GAUUUCUUCAAUCUACAACUGUGCUACGUGUACAUUUCGAGAUCUACAGCUUUAAGGUUGGGAGAGAAAUUUCAUCGUAUCAUGUCUGUUUCACAAAAUUCUUCUUUGCUGCUCAGUGUGGCACUUUUAUUCAUGAUUCAGUUGUUACCUACAACUCAUGCGGCUCCGACAAGUUGCAAAAAUGACAGCAGAAAAUCCGAGAAAUUUAAGAACUGUGCUGAGCUUUAUACGGGCGGCCAAUCCAUCAGUGGUGUUUAUACAAUCGACCCUGAUGGUUCAGGUGCCUUUGAUGUCUAUUGUGACCAGACAACAGCCGGUGGAGGAUGGACAGUGAUCCAGAAGAGGGUGGAUGGCACCAUGGAUUUCAAUCGUACCUUGAACGACUAUAAAAAGGGAUUUGGUGAUUUCCUCAUUCGUGAAUUUUGGCUCGGACUGGACAGGAUCCAACGCUUGACGCAAAACAAGACAGAAAACAAACUCCGCGUGGAUCUGGGAAUAACUGCCGACGAAACUGUCUUCGCAGAGUAUGAAUGGUUUGGUAUUGAGAAUGAGGCAGCUUAUUACAAGCUGCACAUCGGCAAUAUUUCAUCUGGAACUGCUAGUGAUUCUCUUUCCAUUCAUAAUGGCUCGUCAUUUUAUACCUGGGACAGACUUUCAGCUAACAGUUGUCCAUCGAAGUCUGAGGGAGGCUGGUGGUACAACGCUACUAUAUUUUGUGGUUGUUCAAAUCUCAAUGGCAUAUAUCGUCAUCGUGGACUUAAUCCUUCGAUCCGCUGGGCAGGUUUAACCAGUAAAGCUGAAGACACCGCUCCCAGAACAACUGAAAUGAAAAUCAGACCAGUGAACUUUCAAUCGUGAAUGAGUGGAGAGGAAGGAUUUUUUUUGUGUCAAGACAACAUUUUCUAGAUUCCCUUAUAAGGCUCCGUAAUAUUCUUAAGUGUUUCCCAUAUUGUGGUCAAUAAACAAGCAUCGUCCGAUCACCCAGGCGACAACUGA